UGGGAGAGCCCAGUUUUCGCUGAAACCCGAGCUUCCUCUUAGCCAGGGCUUGGUGUGGUCCCAGGCAAAAGCCAGUCUCCCGCCUGCCUCUGCCUGGAGCCAGAGCCCCAGCAGUCCCACAGUGCGCCGGCCCCGGGAAGGAUGGAGCUCGCCUUCUGGACCCAAGCGGGGCUCACUUUGGUGCAGCUUCUUCUCAUCUCCUCCUUGCCAAGAGAGUAUACAGUGAUCAAUGAAGCCUGCCCUGGGGCUGAAUGGAAUAUCAUGUGUCGGGAGUGCUGUGAAUAUGACCAGAUUGAGUGUGUGUGCCCAGGGAAGAAAGAAGUAGUUGGCUACACUAUCCCUUGCUGCCGGAAUGAGGAGAACGAGUGUGACUCAUGCCUGAUUCACCCAGGUUGUACCAUCUUUGAGAAUUGUAAAAGCUGCCGUAACGGCUCCUGGGGAGGCUCUCUGGACGACUUCUACGUGAAGGGCUUCUACUGUGCUGAAUGUCGAGGGGGCUGGUAUGGAGGAGACUGCAUGCGGUGUGGCCAAGUCCUUCGAGUGCCCAAAGGACAGAUUCUACUGGAAAGUUAUCCCCUGAAUGCUCACUGUGAGUGGACCAUUCACGCCAGACCUGGACUCAUCAUCCAGCUGAGGUUUAUUAUGUUAAGCCUGGAAUUUGACUACAUGUGCCAAUAUGACUAUGUUGAGGUCCGGGAUGGGGACAACAGUGACAGCAGGAUAAUUAAACGCUUCUGUGGGAAUGAGCGGCCAGCCCCCAUUCAAAGCACCGGGCCGUCCCUCCACAUCCUCUUCCAGUCAGACGGCUCUAAGAACUUUGAUGGCUUCCAUGCCAUCUUUGAAGAGAUCACAGCCUGCUCUUCAUCUCCAUGUUUCCAUGAUGGCACAUGCCUCCUUGACAAAGCUGGAUCCUAUCAGUGUGCCUGCCUGGCAGGCUACACUGGGAAACACUGUGAAAGUCUGGUGAUGUGUAGGACUCCAGGUGUUCCUGUCCAUGGGAUGGUGGAAGGAAGUGAUCUUAGAUAUGGGGCCCAGGUUUACUUCAGGUGCCUCCCAGGGUACAGCUUAAAAGGCAGUCGGGUCGCCUUUUGUCAGCUUGAUGGGAGCUGGACCAGACACGACCCAGCCUGUGUACUGGAAGAAAAAAACUGUUCUGAUCCAGGAGGCCCAGUCAAUGGAUACAGGAGGACCUUGGAAGGCAGUGGGCUCAUAAAUGGGCGCUAUGCCAAAAUCGGCACCAUCAUGUCCUUCUUUUGCAACCACUCAUAUGUUCUAAGUGGCAAUGAGCAAAGAACUUGCCAACCAAGUGGAGAAUGGUCAGGGAAACAGCCAAUAUGUUUAAAAGCCUGCAAAGAACCAAAGAUUUCGGACCUAGUAAGACAAAGAGUUCUUCCCAUGCAAGUACAGUCAAGGGAGACACCUUUACACCAGCUCUACUCAUCGACGUUCAGCAAGCAGAAGCUGGACAGCUACCCAACCAAGAAGCCAGCCCUUCCAUUUGGGGAGCUGCCCCCUGGGUACGUGCACUUACACACUCAGAUACAGUACGAGUGCAUCUCACCCUUCUACCGCCGCCUCGGAAGCAGCCGGAGGACCUGUUUAAAGACCGGGAAGUGGAGUGGGCGAGCACCCUCCUGUAUCCCAAUCUGUGGGAAGAUUGAAAAUGCGACAGCUCCAAAGUCACCAGGGACCCAUUGGCCAUGGCAAGCGGCCAUCUACCGGAGGACCAGUGGGUUGCAGGAUAGCAGCCUCCACAAGGGCACAUGGUUUCUGAUCUGUAGCGGAGCCCUGGUGAAUGAGAGGACCAUCGUGGUGGCUGCACAUUGUGUCACUGACUUGGGCAAGAGCAUCGUGAUCAAGACAGCCGAGCUCAAAGUGGUCCUGGGAAAGUUCUACCGAGAUGAUGACCGAGACGAGAAGACCAUUCAGAGUUUACGGAUCUCUGCCAUCAUUGUUCAUCCCAACUAUGACCCUAUCCUGCUCGACUCUGACAUUGCUGUUGUAAAACUCCUUGAUAAAGCUCGAAUUAGCAGCCGGGUGCAGCCCAUCUGCCUGGUGGCACUUCGGGACUUCAGCUCCUUCAGUGAGGAUACCCAAAUCACAAUCACAGGCUGGAAAAUUCUUGCUGAUGUGAGGGCCCCUGGUUUUAAGAAUGACUCUCUCCGCUCAGGGUUUGUGAAGGUGGUAGAUUCUCUACUGUGUGAGCAACAGUAUGAAGACCAUGGAAUCCAGGUCAGCAUCACAGACAACAUGUUCUGUGCCCAGCAGGACCCAAUGGCUCCCUCCAAUAUCUGCCCUGCUGAGACAGGUGGCAUUGCAGCUGUGUCUCUGCCUGGGAAAGCUUCCCUUGAACCAAGCUGGCACCUGAUGGGGCUGGUGAGCUGGGGUUAUGACAAGACCUGUAGCCUCAAGCUCUACACUGCCUAUACCAAGGUGCUGCCUUUCAAAGAUUGGAUUGAGAAAAAUAUGAAAUAAGGCCUGUGCCUGCAAAAGAGUUUAUAUU